AUGGCCAGCAAACAUCAGAGGAAUUCCGCCCGUCCCUCAGGCGCGCCGUGGCAACGGCGGCCGUCGAAGAUGAAGCGCUGCGCGCGGCAACCCCAGUUCCAAGAGGCGGGGCAGGCGGAAGGGGUGGACAAACGCAAGGCGGGGCUGGCGGAGCAGGCACUGCUGCUGGACAAGAAGGCGAGGGCGGAGAAGGACGGGGUGAAGGACGGGGCGGAAGAACGGGGCGUGGUCGCGGUGGGCGCGGUGGUCGGGGGCGCGGCGGUGGCGGGCGUGGGCGAGCACGGGGUUCCUCACAGGAUCGGGCAGCCGUGGAGCGGCCUUUGGGGACCUCAGAGGCGCAGAGGCAGGAAUGGCAAAUGGCAGAGCAAGCCCAUGCUCCCCGAGCGACUCCACAGGCCCCGCGUGAUUUACGCCAAGUAUGCUCUCACCGCUCAGCAGAAGUCAUCCCUCGAGCUUCAGCUCGAAGACGUAUUCUACACGUGCGGGAACCCCCUGUUUCCGGGCGGCACGUCGCCCGUGGUUCCGGAGCAAUUCCCGGUGGUCGUACAGCCCACUCCCCUUCGUCCUCCCCCCUCGGUCGGCGAUGCGAGCGCGGUCCCUGGAAACCGUCAACCGGCAGCUGCACAUGGCCUUGAUGAUGGCGCGACACCGCCUCCGAAAGCUCGAACGACGGCCAUGGACGAGGAGAUGGUGGAUCGGGAACCAGCCUUCCCAGGGGAAACCACAGGAGCUCAGUCCCCUAGUGGAGAACUCCCUGCCAGUGCUGCAUCUGCAGAACAGGGCUCCCAGGGUGGCCCCCGGCCUGUGCCAACUCGGCUGCCUGCUCGGACUGUCUCGUUGAGCCAGGCUGCGAAAGACGAGCACAGCCGGAAGCCCGUGCACGAGGUGGCUUUUGUCCGCCAAGGGGUCACUUGCGCGGAUGACGUGGAGAGGACAUAUUACGCGCAAGCAGUGCCCAACGCCUUCAACAGGUGUUGCAAGUAUUGCGGUGACAUGGAGGAUCUUGUUGAGGACGAUCCAAACUUAUUGGCAAGGUUUGCAACCGUAUUGCCGAUCUGUGCUGAGUGUAAGGCCAAGGGAAGACCCGUAUGCAAGUACGCGCCCAAGCUAGUAGUCACAGGGCUGAAUACGUCGGCCGCGGGACCAAGCAGGCCGACCACUUAA